CCUCCAUUUUGCCCCUUCCCUGUCGAGAUGCUUUUCCGCUCGCUUUUUUGCCAGCCCCGGCAGGGCGGCACCGGGACCGGACGGUUUUCACAGUACCCUCUCCAGUCACUUUUAGCUGGCUACCAGUGCAGUUACCAAGAUGAUCAUCUUUCUUAUGGAGAGAUGGGCGUUCCAGUCCCUCCUUUCGGAUGCACCUUUUCUACUGCCCCCAACCUACAGCAUAUUCUUGCAGUUGCCAAUGAAGAAGGCUUCAUUAGCCUGUACAACACAGAAUCCCGCACUUGCAGAAAGAAAUUUUUCAAAGAGUGGAUGGCUCACUCCAAUGCUGUCUUUGACCUGACUUGGGUUCCUGGAGAACAUCGACUUGUGACAGCAUCAGGAGAUCAGACAGCCAGACUGUGGGAUGUCAAAGCCGGAGAGCUGAUUGGAGCAUGUAAAGGUCAUCAGUGCAGUCUCAAGUCAGUUGCCUUUUCUAAAUUUCAGAAAGCCGUAUUUUGUACUGGAGGAAGAGAUGGCAACAUUAUGGUCUGGGACACCAGAUGCAACAAGAAAGAUGGAUUUUACAGGCAAGUGAAUCAAAUCAGUGGUGCUCACAACAUCUCAGAUAAGCAGACUCCUAUGAAGUUUAAGAAGAAGAAGCCGAAUGUGAGAGGACUUGCUCCUUCAGUGGAUUUCCAGCAGAGUGUGACUGUGGUUGUCUUUCAAGAUGAGCACACGCUGGUGUCAGCAGGAGCUGUGGAUGGAAUAAUCAAAGUGUGGGAUUUGCGGAAAAAUUACACCACCCAUAAGCAGGAGCCAGUAGCCUGCAAGUCCUUCUCAUACCCGGGUAACAGCACUCGCAAACUAGGAUACUCAAGUCUCGUUAUGGACUCCACUUGUUCCACUCUGUUUGCUAACUGCACAGAUGACAAUAUCUACAUGUUCAAUAUGACAGGCUUACAGACCACUCCAGUGGCAACCUUCAGUGGACAUCAGAACUCCACCUUUUACGUGAAAUCCAGUAUUAGCCCCGAUGAUCAAUUCCUGGUCAGUGGUUCCAGUGAUGAGGCUGCCUAUAUCUGGAAGAUCUCGGAGCCCCAGCAUCCUCCUACUUUGCUCCUGGGCCAUUCUCAAGAAGUUACAACGGUGUGUUGGUGUCCUUCAGAUUUUACUAAGAUUGCUACAUGUUCUGAUGAUAAUACUAUGAGGGUUUGGCGCCUGAAACGUGGCAAUGAAGAGAAGCUGACUCCAGGCAAGAUCGCCUUAGUGGGUUGGGCCUAUCAAAAGAAAGCAGAGGAGAGAGCUAAAUUGGUGAAGGAAGGACACAUAAGGAAGGACGUCACAGGACUGAGAGCAGAACCUGUUUUAGAAGAAACAACAGCAAGCAGCCAGAGCACUCCGGCCAAAGCCCCCCGGGUGGAGAGCAGUCCAUCCAUUUCCUCGCCACGGUCCGCAGCUUGUGCUCCAAACUGUACUGGGGACCUCCCUCUCUCAUCCAAUACGCCCACAUCCAGCUUCAGAAUUCCACCUGCCAAUACGCAGACUCCAGUCCGUAGAAGGGAGUCCAUCUCCGCCUCUUCUCCCAAGCCACCUUCCUCCUCCAAGAUGUCAAUUAGAAAUUGGGUGACCCGGACUCCUUACUCAACUCCGCCUGCGACUAAAACAAAGACGCCGUCUCCCAGAAAAAUCCUCAUCCCUGUGACCCAGACUCUGUCCCAGGUGGUGACCGUCCCCAAGGCAGCCACUCCAUCUGGAACAAAAGCCAAGAGGCGGUUGGACUCGAGCCGUCCGGACAGCGAUGAGCCAAAGUGUUUAAAAAGUUGCAGUUGUGUGAUGGAGCUUGAUGCUGAGGUUAAGAAAGCCAAGCUAGAUCUGUGUUGCCUGGCAGGGAACCAAGGCAGUGGGGAGGACCGUCUGAGCCUCACUCAAUUAAAUGGACUUGAAGGAACCAGCCAGAGUUUGCAGGAUCCUUCCUCUCCUUCUAGUCCCCUUUCCCCGACAGACUUUAGUUCACCCACUCUUCCUUCCAAAUCGCCUCGUGGAACAGGGACUGAAGUGACAGACAAGGAAAAUAGUUCCCCCAAUUGGCUGGCUGCCAUGGGAGCAAAACGGCGAACUGAGAAAGCUGGAAGCCGCAGUCCAUCUUCCAACAGUCCUUCCUCCUCUCAGACCCCUAAUGCUAGACGGCAGGAUGGGAAGAAUUCGCCAGGCCCUGUUGCAACCACUCCAGUUUCCAUGAGGAAGAUCUGUACCUACUUCCACCGAAAGUCCCAGGACGACUAUGGUAGCCCUGAGCAGUCAAAGGAAUUGUAGAUUUAAA